AUGCAGACCAAAAGGAGACUUGAUGAUGACUUUGCAUUCAAUAAGAAAAUACGACUUGACAAUAUAUUCAAAAACUUAACCAUAAGUGAUAAACCCAAAUUUGAAAUCAACCCCCAGAUCAAAACUUUUAAUGAUGAAAAGGAAGAUUUGAACACUUACAUUGCCGAUAAGCUAAUGGAAACCUUUGCUGCCAAAAUUCAUAAAGAUUCUCAGGUGAUUAAACGAUAUAAUAGAUAUUAUUUAGUGAUUUAUCAUUUCCAAAAAUGGAUUCUUAGGCUAUUCAAUCGAUUUAUUACCAAUUAUAAUAAAUUUAACACCCCUAAAUUACCCCGGUUCAAGAACUUUGUCAAAUUGUUGAAAUUUAUCGAUGUUAAUCAGUAUAAUUUUACUUAUAAUGAUCUUCUAAACUUGGUCUUAAAAGAGAAUUCAGUGGAAUUGAACAAACUCCUAUCUAAACAACAAAAGAAUGAUAAGAUCAAAGAACUAGAUGAUUUGGAUUAUGAAGAGAUUAAAUAUAAUUAUUGGGAUAGAUUUCAAUCAUUUGAGGGAACUGAUAUGAUGGAUGAUAUGGAUGAUAACGAUUCUGAUGUGUACAUGACUGAUGACUAA